CGCCGCGCGAUUCUACACAAGUCCAGGUGUCACCUCUUUUGUUCCAAAAUCCCUGAGAGACAUUUGUGAAGAACCGAGGCCGAGCGCACCUCUACUGUGUUCUCUGCCGUCGCUCGCUUCACGUUCUCUCGUCCUGUAUUGCUGUCGGUUCUGUUCAGGCUCUGACUCAGCUAGUGCGUACUUUCGUCGGGCGAACAUGAUGCAAGCACUGUGUUUGUCGCCGCCAUGUCUCUGGCAAGGGAGUUAGCUGCUCUCUUUGUGUACUGUCGUUUUCAAGAAAAUCGUCUUUUCAAUUUAGGAAGCGAGCGAGGUUCAUUCAGUCUUCUUUGCUCAUACCCGCUGCAAACAGCCUGUGUUGCCUUGGCUACGCCACAAGUCUCUCAACGGUGGAGACUACAUGGAUGAUGGCGUGGGUUUUGCAAUCCUUUCUCAGUCUUGUAGAGAAGGCGCAGAACCAGGGGCCUUCUCCUGCCUGUUGUCUCCUUUGUUUCACCGUGUCCUGUUCUCGUGCGACAGACGGCAUGCUUUUUCGCAUGCUCUCUGUCAUUGUCGAGGCUCAUUUAAGAAGUGUUUCUUUUUUUCGAUGCCUUUGCUUGUUGCCUUCAUGUGAGAGAUGACUGGAAUUUGGUCGCGCGUAGAUGCUACUGCCGCCAUACAAAACAAUUCACGCUCAGCUACUCGCCACCCUUUUUUGUUGCAUUUCUACCCGUUCUCUGCUAUGUCGGUUGCCGUUUAGAAAUGUUGAUAAUGAGGUUUUUUGAGCAAGCAGACGCUUCCAAUAGAAAGCCGCAGGAGAAAUAAUGCGCUCCAGUAGUGGGAAGCCGCCUAGGCAUCGAUACGCCAUGGGAUUGUAUCAGGCGCGCAGCUCGCGUGAGAACUGCCAAAUGAAAUUGGGGAGCACGGAUGAGCAAACUAGCCAAAAAAUGCGUAUGCACUCCACCCUCUUUCGUUUUUCCUCGGCGGCCUCGGGCACAGGCGCGAGGCACGGAGCAGCCAGGCCCAUGGGGACGAAGGGAACUUGUGUUGAAUACCCGAGAAGACCUGGCAGACGCAACGAAGAGAGACUGUGUGUCGGUCCUCCGUUCAUCGUCUGUUGUUGCGUUGCGUGCUAUCUUCCAGGGACUCGAAGACGGCCAAGCAACGACACCAACCGAAGGCCACACACAUAACCCUCUAGCGACGCCAAAACCGACUCAAGCUCUCCGCGCCCUCGAAGAACCGGGAAGAAACACCGUUGACCAUGCGCUCGAUGAUAUGGACUCGGCGUUGGAUCCCGUAAAUAGUAAAUUUGAAAGCGACAACGUCGAACCGGAAGUGGCAGAGUUGAUUUCUAAUGUGAUGCAUCGCGUCGAGCUAGGCAAAGUGCCGCACAGUUCCAAGCUACUGCGUCCUCAAACGCGACCCCCGGCACCGAUUCCCUUCAUUUUUGGCAAACCAGAGAACUCGUUCAGGCCGAUCGAACCCGCUCCGGUGAGCGGCGCUGAAGGCCUUUAUUCCGAGCUUGGGUCCGGGGGUGAAGACGAGUUCAUGUCGACGUCUGCGCGGACGGCGUUUGAUGUGCCUGUACGUAACGCAGUUCCCUUUCCGAGUGUGCUGCCAGGCGACAGCAUCGUCUCACCUUUGCCGCCUGCUGUUGUCCCUUCCCUGAAGGCGACUCAGCCUCUCACCGUUUGGACGCCCUCGCUGGUUGCCGCACAAAGGAAAAAACGCACUUCGGCCUCAGACCGGACACGUCACUCGCGAAACGGGCCGGAGGAAUCUCGAGAAAAGCAACGCGCUGAGGACAGGACAGAGGAGCCGCGGCGUCGAAAGGCCAUGCAAUCGCCGCCGGGCGAGGUUCCUGAAGCAGAGGUGGAGGAAGGACGGACGAGAACACAGCAAUCUGACACUGAGGCCUCCAAGAGAGGUCGAAAAAAGGCACGAGGACGAAGACGAAAAAAAGACAAAGAUAAAGAAGACUCGCAAGGUGCCGCCGAUGUGGGGAACUCGGAAAGUGCACCACAGACACUCAUGAGAACGUCGCAGGUGGAGAAGCGAAAUCGGAACGAGGAGACAAGGGCUGGAGCUCUCGACAACAGGCGGUACCCUGCGGGUGUUGCGGAGCCACGUCGGGACAAGAAGGGCGAGGUCGAAGAGACAGAAGAACCAAGGAGGAAAACCGCAAGAGACGCAAACGCGAUUCUGUCUGCCCGAGAAGCGGAAAAGAAAAAGCGGCGAAAAGAACGGAAGCGGAACAAUCAGAGGAGACACGCUGCCGAGCCCUCGCUAACCAGUCCACAAGACAAGAGAGACGAUGCUGAAAAGAGACAGAAGACGAACUCCGAGAGGAAUGAGAGGGCUAUCGCAGUACCCCAAAAUUCCAAGCUAGGGGUGCAGCGUUACGUUGCGACCGAAAGGGGCCGGUCUCCUAAACCCGGUAAACGCUUGCCAGUGGUGGAGGAAAAGAAAGGCGCCAAUAGUCGCAACGACGAGAACAAGGCUGAAGAUCAGCCGGCUGUUUCUCCCCUUGUUGAUGAUGGUCCUGGCCACAAGAAUGAACGCAAAGGGACAGCGGCGCGGUUGGCGCCUCGUCAGGCCUCGUCUCUGCAUCGAAAGACAGACGACAAGGGGAAGCCUCAGACGACGCAGGAUCCGUUGGGCGAAACUGCAGCGGCGGGAGCGACCGCCGAGGGCGCUGAGGACCAGAAAAGGCGAGCGUCGAGGCAGAGGAGAGGGGUCGCAACGACGCUCGACCUCAAGUCCCCUUCGAUGUCUGUGUCCGGCCCCAGUGGCGCACCUUCGUUUGUGGCAGGAAUCUGGAGGAGGAGGCGCACAGGACCUUGGCUGUCCGGGUUGACAGACGUGGAUGAGGUUGAAGCUGAGGUCCCAGGUCCAGAGCUGGAUAGCAGCGAAGCGUACUCUGGUGCGGCAGGACACACCCACUCCGGAGACAGCGUUGAAGCCACACGCGUCGACGCGAUGAAAGAUUCCCACCGACCCUCCUUUAGACGCCCCGUGCUUAUGCGGUUCUCUGUGCCUCUUCCGACGCCGCCUCCCGCGCCUCCGCCGACGCCCAUGACGCCACUGUCUCCGAAGUCGCCCAGGGCGUCCUUGUCGCCCAGGACGUCCAAGACGCAGUCCAAGCACUUACCCUCCGUGACCCAGAGUCCGUUCAUGUGGAAGGAGACAAGCGAAGAUUUUGAUCGAGACAAACUGGAGGUCGUUCCAUUGCCUAGAGACUGGUGGGAUACCCUUGUGCCACAUCUGCCCUACGGAAAGGACGAUGAGACGCUGUCCCCGUCGCGUGUGACGGACGACGGCGCGGUGGAUCUUCGGGACUCCGCGGCUCCCUCCAAGUGGGAUUCCUCCGGGGCUCUGGAAGGUGUGGAUGCAGCAUCACGAAAAAAACGCAGGGACAGCGAAGAGGAUGCCCGUCCAUGGCGGCGGCCUUCGGUUGUUGCCGUGCCUCCGGACCUGCCUCUCCCGUCGGGCUCAGACGCAGAGCCGGGCCUUCGCCUAGCUUCGCUCCUUCAGAACGUUAAGAAAGCCCUGGGAGCUGAUGAUGACGAGAAGGAUCAGAUGCACCGGGACGGGGAAGCCGAUAAUCAGGCAGAGGAGCAGAUUAGCAAAAGCAGACAAGCUCUGCUGGAUAGCAUGAACGCCCUCUCGGCGGGGCGUACACAAAAAACUGCAGGUGAAGAAGACGGAGAAAACUAUGGUAAAGAGACACAUCUGGAGGACUACGGAAAUGCAACAGAUGAUCUUCCCGCCGGCCGUCUUAGUCUGCUUUUACUUGGAGUCGUGUGCGCGGUGAGCCGUGUUGGUUUCGACCUGCGGAAGCGGAAGAAACGGGAGCGGCAGCGGCGAGCGGGGCGAAUGGUGUGGCGUUCGCGUUUCCAGUCGAAGACCGAUUUCUCAAUGUCUCGGGCGAACUCACUAGACACCAGUUUCCCUUCCUUGUCACGGACAGUCAUGCCCGGUUCCUUGUCGCGCUCGACGUUGUCCUCGUUGACGCCGAACGCUUUCGACGGGAGUCCUCGGAAGGGCGGCGACAGCGACUCGACAGUCAGCACCGGCUUUUCCCGCGUCUCUUCCUCUGUCUCCUCGUCCUCUGCUGACAGCAUUCCCCUUUCCAUGGGGUCCACACAUGAUCGCAAGCGCAAGAAGGGCGCCCGCCACGCCUUUCGACGCGGCUGUAGGCGCCAGCGCCGGCCUGUGCAGGGUCAGGUGUACGCGGGAGAGUCCCGACUUCGGACUCCAGCGAAAAAACCCGACAGUUUGUAUACCCAGGCGGGCGAGCCAGAGAAAACUGUGUGUACGGGAGUGCCCUGCGGCAAGGCUCUGCCUGCGGCCCUUAGCGUCCGAGGAAGUAACGGAAACGAAGACGCAACCGAGCGGGGGCUGGCGGGAGGCCCUUCGCUCGUGUCCUCUGUGCAGCCUGUAGAGACCGGAGCAGCGGACACCGCUCCGGGGCUCCCCGACCAACAAAGCAAGCAGACACGAGGAACCCGUAAGGGGCGCUCUUCAGUCGCUCGUGGCCUUCGGCGGAGAAGCGUGACAGCUCGGCCGCGAAGACGACACCGACAGAGACAAGAGGUCGCAGCGAAGUUGCCUGCAGCCGGGCCUUCCGACACCUUUCGGGCAGAAGGGGAGGUGAGUCCCGACAGCCGAAAUGGGCUUUCCUUCUACGACAACGCCGGGUUCACCCCUUUUCAAGGAACGCCCGAACAUUCGCGGAAGCUGGAUCUGAUCGUAAACACUUCGGUGGGGGGCAAAAAUGUAUAG